AUGCAGGUCUCGACGAUCUUGAGCUAUCAGCUGACGCAAAUUGCCAAGCCCAAGAAGCUGCUCUGGUACCUGGCAAACCCCAUGAACAAGAAAGGACAGCAGGUUGCCCAUAUUGCCGUGAAGUCUACUCAUACUAAGCAUCGUUACCUUCGAAGGGCUGACCACGAGCUACAACUACAUUGGGCACAUCAGCCACUGCAUUUCCCUUUAUGA